AAAUAAGCCUCCUCUCCUUCCUCCACCCCUACACCGGCCCACCUGCCUUCUCAAAGAGGGAACUUAUUCGCGCUCCACUCCCACCGCCCAGAUCCUGCCGUCGCUUAAGCCACAAGCUCAGGUCUACCCCAGCCCCCUCUCCCUCUAGCCUAAAGGUCCUCAAAUCCCUCCUGCCAGAGCUCCUUCCUCCCCGCACAGAAGGGCAGGACUAUUAACUCCAUUUUACGGUUGAGGAAAUUGAGGCUAGGCACGGCCAAGUCACUUGCUCACCAGUCGGGGCUAGCCGACCCCACAACCCAGGCUCUUGGCUACGACUGGAUAGUUGCUUUCUGGCCAGGGCCCACCCCUCUGCGAGUUUCCCAAGACUUAGUCCUGGACUGGAGAGAAGGCACGAGAUCUAAGGUGUCGGCUCCAGUUCACAAAAGAGAUAGAAUGCGUGUGUGUGUGUGGGGGGGUCUUUUCCGCUCCCGCCUCAGAUACCACUCCUUCCAUUUUUUCCCAGGAUGGCAGUUCGCUUCCGAUUGCAAACGCAGAGCCACGCCCCCGUCCCUUUCUGCCUCCGCGCGGGCCUUUUUGGCUCCACCGGCCGCCGUAACCCCGCCCACCACGGAAACGGCUCAGCUGCAACACCGCCCUCCCGCGCCGCACCGGCAUGAAGCCUCCUCAGCGGCGGCGAGCCGCCCCAGCGCGCUAUCUGGGAGAGGUGACCCGGCCCGCGGCCUGGAGCGCCCGCGAGAAGCGGCAGCUUUUACGACUGCUGCAGGCGCGACGGGGCCAGCCGGAGCCGGACGCCGCCGAGCUGGCCCGGGAACUGUCGGGCAGAAGUGAUGCGGAGGUCCAGGACUUUCUGCGGCAGCUCAAGCGCCGAGUGGCCCGGGAAGCCAUUCAGAGGAUGUAUCCUGGUGGCCCACAAGGUCUAAGACGCCAGGAAGCACAGCCCCCAGCCCCCAUCGAGGUAUGGAUGGAUCUGGCUGAAAAGGUAACAGGCCCGCUGGAAGAAUCCCUGACUGUGGCUUUCUCACAGGUGCUCACCAUUGCAGCCACGGAGCCCAUCAGCCUCCUGCACUCCAAGCCCCCCAAGCCCACCCAGGCUCGAGGAAAGCAACUGCUCCUCAGUGCUCCUGGAGGGCAGGAGGACAAGGGCCCUGAGGCUCCUGGCCCUGCCCCCAAGGUGCAAGGUCCUGCCCCUGAGGCAUCUUCUGAGUCCCUGGCUGGUCCAUCUGCUGAGGGAGAGUUUUCUGUGGACUUUGAGAAGAUCUACAAGUACCUGUCAUCCAUCUCCCGCAGCUGCCACGGCCCAGAGCUUUCUGCAGCUGAGUCAGCUGUGGUCCUUGACUUGCUCAUGGCACUUCCUGAGGAGUUGUCCCGCCUGCCCUGUGCUGCCUUGGUUGAACAUAUGACAGAUAUGUACCUACACCUGAUGGCCCCCCAGCCCGACUCUGCCAAUGGGAGCCUGGGAUCUGGGGCCGAGGAUGGUGGGUCAGGCUCCAGGGGGCAAGAGGAGGCUGGCCAGGCCACCCCUCAGGCUCCUGAGAAUGCUGGGCCCAGUGAAGCGAUAUCUACUUGGCAAGCAGCUGGAGUCUGCCCCUUGAACCCAUUCCUGGUACCCCUGGAACUUCUAGGCCAGGCUGCCACCCCUGCAAGGUGAGGGGCCAGUAGGCAGAGGAUACACCCAACAUUGGUGAGCCCCCUGGCCCUCAAUCCCGCUUGGGCUGGCACUGGGUUGUCAUGAGGAUCUUUCCAAGGUGGAAGGUCCCUCACAUGGUGCACAACAGAGCGGCCUUCAAGACACUAGGUGUAGAAGUUCCCUGGUGGUUCAGCGGGUUAAGGAUCCGCCAUUGUCACUGCUGUGGCUCAAGUCUCUUAGGUGGCACAGUUUCAAUGCCUGGCUCAGGGACUUCCCUGUGCCACAGGUGUGGCCAAAAAGAAAAAGAAAAAAAAAGCUCAUGCAGCAGGGGGGCUCUCAGAAACAGAAGCACAGUUGUACCGGGGUUUAGCUGGUGGGAGGGUCCCAGGCAGGUGGCUGGGCUAAAACCACAGUCAAAAACUUCCCCCCCACUGAUUGCCUCUGACAUCCUCUGUCCCAUGUCCUGUGACUAUGAAUAAAGUACUUGUCAAUCCCCUGGC